AUGUCUGCACCAUUCGAUCCGGGGAUGGAGGCCCGCUCAUACCCUGUCGCGAGAACAGACUAUUCUCCCGUCCCCUCACUCGGACCAGACUCCGUGAUUACAGAUGCCCUUGACCAGGACGAUUCUGCAAGAACUGCUGGAAGGAAACGCAAGUUGAAUAGUACAUCGUCACGGGGUGUCGCAAAUCUAACGCCCGAUCAACUUGCCAAGAAACGUGCCAACGACCGCCAGGCGCAGCGCGCGAUCCGCGAGCGCACUAAAUCACACAUUGAAGCUCUAGAGCAACAGGUCCGGGACCUUUCUUCCCAAAAGCCAUUCCUUGACCUCCAGGCAGCUGUCCAGCACAAUGAACGCAUCCGAGAGGAGAAUAAAGAGCUUCGUCAGGGACUCCAGGCCGCCUUGGACAUAAUACAACCUCUGCUUGCGAAACCCGCAGCAAAAGAUUUACCCUCAUUUCUUACCCAACCGAGAUCGGUCCCAUCUUCAAACGAAAUACCUCCCUUCCCUGAUUCCGACCGCUUGACACCGAUCAAGCAGGGAGCCACGCCCGCUGACAAGCAAUAUGCCGAUUCCGUUGCCAGCGUUGACACGCCUUCUCCUACACACUCUGCGCCAACAUUAGGAAGUCGCCGCAACAGUGGCAACGGUGGCAUUCACCCGACGUUCCGAAUGGCGCUAUCGCAGAAUAUUGCGCAUGGUUUAGAUUUUGGUUUGGAAGAGAGAUUAGGCUUCAACUUCCUCCUGGACCCAUCAAAGAAUGUCCCCAAAGUUGAACGUCUUCGGCGUAGCAGCUCAGAAACAAUUCGCACCCUUAAUUCAAACCCCCCUUCCACGCUUUACCUUCAGCAUCACUGUGCACCCAACCCAGGAAUGCCCUCAUUUACUACUCCUAUCAAAAACACAGCGCCGACAUGCACGCUGGACAGUAUUCUGCUGGACUUUCUUCAUAACCGCCAGAAUGAAGCCGCACAGGGUAUUCCGCGUCAGAAACUCGUUGGGCCGCCAUACCCAAGUGUUUCCUCAUUGCUCAACCCGGAAAAGAGCUUCUACUCGCACCCAGUAUCAAAGGUGUUUACCGAUAUCUUGCGAACAUUUCCAGACAUAUCAUCACUGCCGGAGCAGGUGGCUGUUCUCUACAUAAUGUUCCUCCUCAUGCGUUGGCAGAUAUUUCCCACACAGGAGAACUACGAGCGCCUACCCGAAUGGCUUACUCCAACUUCAACCCAACAGCUUCAGCCACAUCCAGCCUGGAUAGACUAUGUUCCCUGGCCUCGUAUGCGUGAUAAGGUCGUUAAAUCUCAUGCCGAAUUUCCAUUUGAAAAUUGGUUCAUUCCGUAUACCCAGGGUAUGAGCGUCAAUUGGCCAUAUGAAGCCACUGACUGCCUAUUAUCCACCGGUGAAUCAGAUGAGUUGCUCAUCAAUCCUGUAUUUGAGCGGCAUAUGCGGAAUCUUUCCAACUGGUCGCUAGGACCUUCAUUCGCCGAGUGCUAUCCGAAUUUAGUGGAUACCACAGUGAUUAGGUCUGAGCUAAAGCAGACCACCUCUACCUUGCCUCGGUAG